CUGCGCAACCGCGGAAGGAGGCGCUUUCCCCCCGCCCGCCGCGGGCCCAGGGAGGAGGGGCGUGCCGAGGCGCGCGGGCCUGGAAGACCAUGAGCGCUCUGGGCUUGGGUCGUUGUCGCCGUGCCCAGCUUUCCCGCCUCGUCUCUUUCAGCGCGACCCACCGGCUCCACAGCAAAUCUUUAAGUAAUGAAGAAAACUUGAAACUGUUUGGGAAAUGCAACAAUCCAAAUGGCCAUGGACACAAUUACAGAGUUGUGGUGACAGUACAUGGAGAGAUUGAUCCUGUUACAGGAAUGGUUAUGAACUUGACUGACCUCAAAGAGUGUAUGGAGGAGGCAAUUAUGAAGCCCCUUGAUCACAAGAAUCUGGAUCUGGAUGUGCCAUACUUCACUGAUGUGGUGAGCACGACAGAAAAUGUGGCUGUUUAUAUCUGGGAAAACCUUCAGAAAUUUCUUCCUGUGGGAGUUCUUUAUAAAGUAAAAGUGUAUGAAACUGACAAUAAUAUUGUAGUCUAUAAAGGACAAUAGAUCUUUGGGUUAGCAUUGUAGAAAGACCUGAUUUUUUUCUGUAUUUGAAAAAGAUCUUUAUCUCCUUAGAGCAUUAAGGAGUCAUCACAUAAUUGUUGUACCUGCACAUUGUGUUCUGGAAUGCAGAUUUAUUUAAAUUAUUGUAAGACCUGUUUUAAAAUUAAAUCUGUUUUAAAACCAAAUUUGUACUAUAUCCUCAAUGUCAUUCUGGGAAUCUUUUAUUUACAGAUUAAAAAUCACUUAUAUUUUCAUCAAAAUGUUUUGGUAUAGAAUUAUUUGAAAACCAAGAAGAUAAAGAUAAAUUUUUGUACUGUUUCCUCCAUUAUCUCAUAUUUGGUACCCAAAUUUUCUUGGAUUAUACAAAUAGUAAAAAUGUUUAUAAGAUUUACAAUAGAUGAAUCUUACAAAAAAUAAAAUACAGGUGGUCACAAAGUCUGGAAACUUACACAGUAUAUAUAUUUUUAAUAGAUUGAACUCUCUAAAUUACUGCUUCUAAGAUAUGCUGAAGGUGCAAAUUUACUUAGUGAAAAUUAGAGACACAGAUCAUCUAAGACAAUGCAUAGCAGAUGUAUAUACAAGGAUUGAUGGAAAUGCUGCUUUAAUGCACAUUGUUCAUUGCAGUUUUGCACAGCUUACUGAAAUUUGAAUUGUUAGUGAGGAACAACAGUUGAACAUAGCAUACAUUAUCAGUAAACUAUUAUGUAUUUGGUGUGUGUUUGCAGACUUUAUGACCAUCUGGACAAUUUUAAUUCAAAAGACAAGAAUAAUAAACACUUGUUUUAAAUCCAGGUAAAAUAGUCAUCAUGAAAAGGAUGUAUUAUUCUGUGUAAGGCAUCUCCUACAUACACUUUUUCCUAAUUGAUCCCAUUUUGUUCCAAUCAUUAAACUUACCUGCAUAAGUUGAAGUAUAUAUUUGGCAUUCGUUUCUGGUAUGUUUUCCUCAUGACUGAAUUAUCAAGAAUGUCUUUGCGUGCCUCACUCAAAGAACUGUUCUCCCAUUCUUAUUAGUAUUCCAAACAUCUUCAAUAAAUUGUUUUAUUUUUCUCUCCACAUAACAACUGAUACACAAUAGAUUCUCAGAAUGUUGCCAUUUGAAAAUAGUAAAAAGACUUGUGCAGUGAUUGCUAUGCUAGAAUACUUUUCAAAGAAGUAGAUUUUUAGUUUGGAGAGUCAGUAGUCGCAGGAAUUUUAUUAUAAAUUUUGGCAGUAAUUGUACUGACCAGUUAAUUAAAUUUGGAUGUGUUUUAUGUAUCAAAUACAAUUUUUGUUACUUUUCAUGUAAAAUGUUUUGUAUCCAUUAUGUGACAGUGAAAAGCAGAAUCAUAUAAUUUACUAAGGCAAUUUAAGUUUUAAUUCUCACAAAUGCCAUGCAAGGGUGGGUUUUAUGCCCAUCAACAGAGGAGAAAAGAAUGCUUGAGAGAGUUUAAGUUCCUUGCUUAGGAUCACCCAGCAAAUAAAUUGCAAACUGGACAUUUGAAGCUCAAGGUCUGCCUGACUCCAAAACACAGACUCUAUAAGAAAGAAGAUGUGUGCAUAUUUUUAGAUUUUUUUAAAAUGCCAAGUUUUACAGAUCUGAUAUCACAAAGAAAAACUAAUACUUCUUGUAAUAACGUUGACGCUAUGUGUUGGUUGUUCAUAAGUUGCUUUGAGGAACAUAUUUUUCCUACUUAUUCUCAGUAAAGGGAGAAGUGUUUUUAUUUGGUGAAUAGUUGGAAAGACCAAAGAUACUAUGUUGGUGUUCUUCUAAGUGUAUCUAGAACCUGGUAUCAGAGACCAUAUCAAGUUAUACUGUAAUUAUUGCUUUACCUGUUUUUUCCCCCCUUCUUACUACCCUGAAUUCCUUUUGGGCAAGGUCUUUAUUCUAAGUAGAGUAUCUGGUAAACAGUACUCGGUUAGUUUUUAUUGAUUUAAUAAAUGAAUUGCAUAUUGGUAGCACUAUUGGAAUUUUACAGUGCCUUAUACAUAAUGGGUACUUGGCAAAUACUUUUAGAGUUAAUAUAACUUGAAAAUUUUGAGGAUUGAAUUCUGGCCCUAGUGCUGUUACUUUUAGUCGUGUCACUUUCAUCUCUGGGCCUCAGUUUCUUUACCUGUAAAAUGAAUGUUUGGACUAGAUACUUUCUGAAGUUGCUGCUGCCUGUUCUUAGAUUUUUCAUCGUGAUGACUUUCAAUACCAGAUGAGUAAAUAUUAAUUUAGAGAAUAUAAAAGAUUAUUGUGAGUUGGUUAGAUUUGGAAAGGCUUAGUGGUAGAGGUCAGGUCACUUAAAGUGACGGAGAAGGGAAAGGGUGGUUUAGAAUUCAGGAGAACAGAGGGAAUGAAUAUUGAAAAGGUAAAAUUUUAUUACUGAGUUUAUUAGGGUGGUGUGCUGGUUUGAAUCUGUUAUGUCCCCCACAAAAGCCAUGCUCUUUAAUGCAGUCUUGUGGGGGCAGACAUUAGUCUUUUAAUUAGGUUGGAACAUUUGUUUAGGUUGUUUCCAUGGAGA